AUGUUUAGACUCCCUGUGCUACCUCGUGUAGCCUGCCAUCGCAGCGGCCACCUCUUCCGGUUCAUCUAUUCGUCACCCCCUACAACCAACAGACACGCUUCCAAGCUCUCAGAGGCUGUGAGAGAGGAAAAUAAAGAUGUGGCGACCAUGGAUGCCCUCCUCAAGGCAGUUAGAGAGCGAUCUGAUCCAACCUAUCACAAUGUCGUUCCCAUGCGCUCACCCAUUCUGUGGUCAGAGGCGCUGCUGAGUGCGGGUAUGAAUGGGGGAGAAAUACGUCCAUCAGAAGCCGCGGCGCCGCCGACGAGUGAGAUCCCCCUCACCCCGAGGAACAUGGGCGAUUCGUACUCAGAGGUAAUCCUGCCUUUUGGCUCGUCAUCAGAGUUGCUCGAGAAGUAUACCAACGCGUCGGGCGGCAUCAGGACCGGGAAAUUGAUGGAGCACCUCGAUUCGCUCGCGGGCUCCAUAGCGUACAAGCACAUGUUGGGACCUACCGUACAAUCCCUUGGCCGGCUCGAGGAGCGUGGAUUCUACAUCGUCACUGCCUCAGUUGACCGUCUAGACAUGCUCGCACCUUUGAACCCCUCUAGGGACCUGCGUCUGAGCGGCCAGGUUAUCUACACAGGGCGUAGCUCCAUGGAAGUAGCAGUCAAGAUGGAAGCUAUAGGCAAAGAUCUCCCUGAAGAGACUGUUCUAGUUGGUCGCUUUUCGAUGGUCUGCCGAAAUGCUGCAACGAAUAAAGCGAGAGAGGUCAACCCGUUGAUUAUCUCGACGCCGCAGGAGAGGGGACUUUAUGCGCUCGGAGAACAUAUGAAGCAACGGCGCCAAUCACUCGCCCAGCGCUCCCUCUCGAAAGUGCCUCCGAGCUCGGCAGAAGCGGCAGACCUGCACGCGUUCUACCUCCAACACGGGCAAGGACGUGAGGGGAAAGACGCGAGCGACCAUGUCUGGAUGGGCGACACGAUCCUCGAAAAGUGCCUCCUAAUGUUUCCCCAGGAGCGAAACGUACACCAGAAGAUUUUUGGCGGGUAUUUGAUGCGUUUGGCAUACGAGCUUGGAUUCACGAAUGCGAGCAUGUUCACGCGUGGGCAUGUACGAUUCCUGUCAUCGAACAGCAUUUCUUUCGCGCAGCCCGUGCCCAUAGGCUCCAUCCUACGCCUACGCUCGCAGAUCCUGUAUACCUCUUCUUCACCAGAAUACCCCAUCAUUGUGCACGUCGGCGUCAAAGCGAACGUCGUGGAUGUCAGGACAGGCACAGAGCAAACGACAAACGACUUUCGUUUCACUUGGUGCCAGGAAAGGGGUAAGGCGAGCCUGGCGCUCCGCCAGGUGGUGCCCAAGACGUACAAAGGCACGUUAAGUCGCAUGCCUUGGGUUUAUGCUAAUUCUGGACUGACAAACGAACUUCUUUCUCGAAUUUCCUUUGGUUCUACAGAGGCGAUGCUCUGGCUCGAAGGCAAACGCGCACUUGAGCUCGGGGCGGAGAUCAGAGGAUCUAGGACGGGCACCGUCGCCAAUACCACCGCUGAUCAGUGCCUUUCACUUUGA